AUGAUUUCAUUUCUAUUUUAUUUUUCAGUAAGUGACCCAAAAAGGAUUGAAACACUUACAUUAAAUGAUCUAGCAUUUGGAAUAUUUGCUAGUUCCACGACAUCUUCGCGUUUAGAACAGAUGUUUGCAACAUGGUACCAAGAUAUUCCGAAUUUAGAGAUAUUUAGUGUAACGGAUUUAAAAUUGGAUAAGAAAUCACUUGAAAAAUAUAAUAAUCUCAAUGCAAAUGUCAAUAUUUAUAAUUAUUCGUAUCAAAAUGGUUCCGAUGAUUGGUCAAUUGCUCAAACAUAUCAAGGGUUUUAUCAAAAUGAAUUAUUACGGAAAUAUCCUAAUAAAAAAUGGUAUAUUUUCGGUGAUGAUGAUACUUUUAUUUACAAAGAUUCGUUAAUUCAAAUUCUCGAGACAGUUAACUCUUCAGAACCACAUAUACUAGGAAGAUCCUUUUUAAUAAGCCAAGAAGAUCUUCUUACUUUGGAAAAUCCAGAUCCUAAUUUUCAAUUUAUCCAUGGCGGAUCAGGAUUAUGCCUUACCAAACCAUUUGGAGAAAAGAUACUACCUAAACAUAAAGAAUGCGCCAACUUAUAUCCAGGAAAAGUUUCGGAUUUACGUUUAAUGCUUUGCUUACAGAAAUUUGAUCCAGAUUGCCAAAAAUAUCUUAGCUGGAAGGAUGGCUUUAAUGCAGAGCAUCCAACUCAAGAGUCUUCCGUUAAAAAACCUCCAAUUUCGUAUCAUAAAAUUUUCGGAAAAGACGCUUUACAGAUUUGGAACGCCGUUCAUACAGAAUGGAUGAAAGGAAAUGACAGAAUGGUCGUAAGUUGGGUUAAUUACACUUUAAAGGACAGAUAUUUCUCAAUUGACGAAACAAACGUUCCUGUUGGAUUUAUGUUCGGCUACAAGCUAUUUAUUGGUGAAGAUCGAACUUCCACUGGAAUUUACGCAUCAACUCCGAUAAAUCCAAUUUUUGAUAAAACUAAUUCAACAAUUUUGAGAUACCACCAGAGAUUUGGCCAAUAUGAUGUAUAUUACAACUGUAGAGAUGACUUAGAUGAUGGAAUUUUCAGACUUUCUUCAAAUAAUUUGAAAUCAGAAACUUUAUUCGAAUUAGAUGUCAAUUGUCCAACACCAAUCAAGACGUCUUUCAAAAAAGGCGAAAUCAAAUAUAAUUACAACUUAUAA